AUGAGAUUUUUUGUUUUUUAUUUAUUCGAAGGAGGAAAUGGACCUUUGAAAGAGAAAAAGGUAGCGACAGAAAAUAAGCACCGGAGAGCUAGCUUUUCCGGUCGGACGAAGAGCGAGCGGGCGCCGACGGGCACGGUGGCCGAGGCCCGGGGGCCGGCGCCGGGACGCUCGGCGCGCAGCUCGAGCUCGGGCAGCGACAGCGGCGGCAGCUCGCUGCUGUGCGCGGCGCCGCGCUGGCUGGCCGCACGCCGGCGCCGCCCACGCCUCGCCCGCGCUGCGCACACCUCGCGUGCCUCGUAUCGUGUCCGACCCGCCUCGCAACCAGACGUAACGGACAGCACGGGUAACAAGGCUCGCUCGGCGGCCGGGCCGGACGCGCCGGGCGGCUGGUCCGUGACCGUGGCCGGCUCGUGUCGCGCCGCGCUGCCCGCUGACGUGGAGAUGCGCCUGCGCUUCCCGCGCGACGCGCGCCCGCCGCCCCGCGCCGCACCCCGCCCGCCCCGCGCCGACGCAGACAACACGCCGCGCCGGAGCGUCGCCACCCGCUCCGACGAGACGGGUACCACCGAGUGUUGGUGCCGCUGCUGCUCGUGCGGCGCAGGAGGCGCCAACGCAGCGCCCGGCGCUCCAGGGGCGCCCAAUGCGCCCGCUCUACCGCCGCCACCUUCACGCCGCGCUAGCCUUACUUUCACCAUGAAAAAAGAUGAUUCUUCGGCUCUCAACCGUAAGAGCAGGAAGAAAUGUUCCCACACACACCUCCCUCAGUUGGAGCUGGCGGGCGACGGCCAGCGGCGGCGCUCCAGCAAGAUGCGGCGCGCCUGCUCCCUGCAGUGCUGGCUGCCCGCCGCGCCGCGCAGGGCGGGCGAGCUGGCCGUGGAGGGCAGCGCCAUCGUGCCCGAGCUGAAGCCGCGCGCGCGCACCAUGAGUGAGCGCGACCUCACGCGCCACCACACGCCGCGCCUCUACCUGCGCUGCUAGCGCCCCCACACCAGC